AUGGCUGCUUCUUAUUAUAAGGGCAUCAAUGUUGCAUCAACUUAUGUAGUAGCCUUAAUGUUAUGCUUCAAUCUACUGUCAUUGACUAAGGUGAGUUCCAACUAUGUCAUUCCUACAAUUCCAAUACCUAUUGAAAAGGGUACAUGCCCUAUAGAUGCCCUUCAGUUAGGGGUGUGUGCCAAUGUGUUGAACUUGGCUAAGGUCAAAUUAGGGUCACCACCAACCCUACCAUGUUGCAAUCUCAUUAAGGGUUUGGCUGAUCUUGAAGCUGCUGCUUGCCUUUGCACUGCCCUUAAAGCCAAUGUCCUUGGACUCAACCUUGAUGUUCCUCUUUCCUUGAGCCUCAUUCUCAACAAUUGUGGAAUUAACAACAGUGCUUUCAAGUGUAAUUAA